AUGUCGUCCUACGUGGAGAAUAAAAAGAGAUCUCUUGAAUCAGAUGAUGAAAAUGACAUUGAUCAUAUUGCUAAUGGCUUCAAGAAACGCGAUUUAGAACAACCACAAGUGGAAGAUAAUUUGAAUUUUAAAGAUUCAGAAAAUUAUAUUAGAUGGCAAAAUACAAUCUCCAAAGUGGUAAAAUCCGUAGUAUCCAUUCAUUUUGCACAAGUAGCUCCAUUCGAUUGUGAUCCUGCUUUCGUAUCUGAAGCCACUGGGUUUGUCGUGGAUUCAGAAUUGGGGAUCAUUCUAACUAAUAGACAUGUGGUUGGUGCAGGUCCCUUCGUUGGAUAUGUGGUAUUUGAUAAUCAUGAAGAAUGUGAUGUCACUCCUAUUUAUAGAGAUCCAGUACAUGAUUUUGGGUUCUUGAAAUUCGAUCCUAAAAAGAUUAAAUACUCAGAAAUUCAAGCUUUACAAUUAAAACCGUCUUUAGCUAAAAUUGGAUCAGAGAUUAGAGUUGUGGGGAAUGAUGCAGGUGAAAAAUUAAGUAUAUUAGCUGGGUUCAUCAGUAGAUUAGAUAGAAAUGCUCCAGAUUAUGGGGAAUUGACUUAUAAUGAUUUUAAUACUGAAUAUAUCCAAGCUGCUGCAUCUGCAUCAGGUGGAUCCAGUGGGUCUCCAGUGGUAAAUAUUGACGGAUAUGCUGUCGCAUUACAAGCAGGGGGGUCUUCUGAAGCUUCCACUGAUUUCUUUCUCCCUUUGGAUAGAGUUUUAAGAGCACUAAAAUGUGUUCAAUCAAAAGUUCCAAUUACUCGUGGUUCCAUUCAAGUCCAAUGGUUAUUAAAGCCUUACGACGAAUGUAGAAGAUUAGGACUGACAUCAGAACGUGAAGCUACCCUACGUGAAUUAUUCCCAGAAAAAAUUGGUUUAUUAGUAGCUGAAACUAUACUUAGAGAAGGUCCUGGUGAUGGAAAAAUUAAAGAAGGUGAUACUUUGAUUGCUAUAAAUGGUGAAUAUAUUUCUUCUUUUAUUCAAGUAGAUAAUAUUCUGGAUUCCAACAUUGGGAAAAAUAUCGAACUUACAAUUCAACGUAGCGGUGUGGAAAGUGUAGUGUCGUGUAAAAUUGAUGAUCUGCAUGCUAUUACUCCUGAUCGUUAUGUUGAAGUGUGUGGUGCCACUUUCAAUGAAUUAUCAUACCAAAUGGCAAGAUUUUAUGCUUUGCCAGUCAAAGGUGUCUUUUUAAGUAGCGCGUCUGGUUCAUUUAAUUUCGAUAAUAGAGAAAAAGUUGGUUGGAUUAUUGAUGCUAUUGAUAAUAAAGAAACUCCUGAUUUAGAUACAUUUAUUGGAGUUAUGAAAUACGUCCCAGAUCGUAAACGUGUCACGGUACGAUACCAUCAUCUUACUGAUCGUCAUUCACCAAAUGUUACCUCAGUAUAUAUUGACCGUCAUUGGUGUAAUGAAUUCAGAGUAUAUCAAAGAAAUGAUACUACUGGAAUUUGGGAUUAUCAAAAUGUCGCUAAACCAAUUCCAGCGGAACCAUCAAAACCACACCAGGCAAGAUUUAUUGAUAUUCCAACGGAUAAUCCAAACUUGGCUAAAUUAUCACAUUCAUUAUGUAUGGUCACAACUGUAGCUGCCAUACCAUUAGAUUCAUUAUCUGCAGGUAUUUUGAAAACUUCAGGUUUGAUCAUCGAUGCGGAGAGAGGUUAUGUGAUAGUAUCAAGAAGAGCAGUUCCUCAUGAUUGUCUUGAUGUCUUUGUUACAAUUGCAGAAUCUGUUGUUGUUCCAGCUACAUUGGAAUUUUUACAUCCCACUCAAAAUUAUGCAGUCAUUAAAUAUGAUCCAAAACUAGUUAUUGCUGAUAUAAUAACUCCAAAACUAUCUAAUGAAAGAAUGAAACGUGGUGAUAAGGCUCAAUUUAUUGGUUACCCACAUAAUAAUAGAUUAGUAACAUCGGAAACUACAGUUACAGAUAUUUCAUCUGUUAGCAUCCCAAGUAAUUUAAUUCCAAGAUAUAGAGCAACAAAUUUAGAAGCAAUUUCUAUUGAUUGCAAUAUUAGUACAAGAUGUAACUCAGGUAUAUUAACAGAUAAUGAUGGUACCAUCAGAGCUUUAUGGUUAGCAUUUCUUGGAGAAAGACAAGAAAAUAAAGAAAAAAUAUAUUUGUUUGGGUUAGAUAUUGUUGAUUGUAAACAAGUUAUUGAUAUCUUAAAGAGAGGUGAAAAGCCAAUUGUUAGAAUUGUUGACGCUGGCUUUGGAUCUAUUUCAAUCUUAAAUGCAAGAAUUAGAGGGGUACCAGAAGACUGGAUUGAAAGAAUGGAAAAAGAAUCCCUUAAUAGAUUGCAAUUCAUGUCAGUUUCUAGAGUUUCUUAUACUGAAGAAAAAGUGAAAUUACAAACAGGUGAUGUUAUCUUAUCCGUUAACAAUAAAUUAGUCACAGUAAUGGAUGAUUUAGCAGGUGUUAUUUGCGGUUCCAAUGAAAGUUCUCAUUCUAAUCAUGUCUUGAAAUUUAAGGUUGUUCGCGAAGGGAAAAUCAUGGAUUUGGAUAUUAAAACAGUAGAAGUUAAGGAAACAGAUCAUAUUGUUAUAUUUUCCGGUUGCAUAUUACAAGAACCACAUCAUGCUGUCCGUCAAGCAAUGGUUGACAUUCCAAAGGGUGUCUAUUGUACAUUCAGGGGUGAAUCAUCGCCUGCUCUUCAGUAUGGCAUAUCAGCAACGAAUUUCAUAACGCAUGUUAACGAGGAAGAAACUCCAGAUUUGGAUACCUUCUUGAAAGUAGUUAAAGAAAUACCUGAUUUAAGUUAUUGUAAUAUGAGACUAAUGUCUUUUGAUAACGUUCCAUUCGCAAUCUCCUUAAAGACCAAUUAUCAUUAUUUUCCAACAGCUGAAUUGAAAAGGGAUAAUACUACCGGAAGAUGGAUUGAAGAAGAAUAUAACAAAACGGAAGAAACUACAGUAUUAUAG